CCUCUUUUUUUUUUUCUUUUUUGUGAACUACACCAGUAUUCUCCCCGUUUAUUCGUAUUGUGCUGAUUCUUUUCGGUGGUUUUUUCUCCGGUUUUUGACGACAGUACUUUUGGGACCAAAUAAACGGUUGGCUUUUCCGCCAUUUCCGUUGGAUGGACCGAUGAAAUAAGUCCAAACACAGCAGUAAAAUGUCUGCAGAACUGGACCUGUCUCCACCUGAAGUACCUGAGCCCACCUUACUGGAAAGCAUCCUGCGCUAUGGGCUGUUCCUUGGAGCCAUCUUCCAGCUGAUCUGCAUCCUGGCUGUUAUAUUCCCCUCAUCCAAGACUCCUGAGCAGGAGGAGACGGAGUCCACUGAAGGCAAAACUGGUGAACAGAUGAAGAAACCAAAAGGACCAGCACCUCAGAUUCGACAGAAGCAAAAGAAAGAGAGCAAAAAGAAGAGAUAGAUGUCUAUGUGCCCUCCAUUUUGUGUUUGUGUUUUGUCAUUAGAAACUUUAGUCACUGUUAUAGCACUCUAACAUUAUAUUACAACACUACAUCUGAGACACUUCAGAAUGACCCUCAGCUUGAUUCUGUUUACACUCAGCACACUCAUACUAAAUGGCAUGUUGUCUGCUGUUUGUUAAUGCAGAUACAUAUUUGAUAGUGUUAGCUUUUCAUUUAUAUUUUAUUAUUCUGUUUUAUGUGGAUUACAACAAAUAAAAUAAAAUAAAAAACAA